AUGCCUGACCUGCCAGGGGCGCUUCAUGGAAUGGCUUGUUCCAGUUUCAUUGUCCUACAGGCGGCAAAGCAGGGGUCCCCAGGAACCCUGACGACGGCGGCGUCCUCACCCAUCAUUCUCGCGAAACUGGCAUUCAGUAUUGCCGACGUCCUUCUGGUCGAUUGGAUUGCGCAACAACUUGAACGCAUGGACUGCCCAGAGUUCGUCGAGGCUUGUCUUAACUUUGGCUACCUUCACACCUUCGCCCAACUGCCACGCUUCUAA